CGAGGCGUAGCCCGCGCCCUGACGGCAGCGAACGUCGUCAUACAAACAUUGAGUGAUAUUUGCAUGAUGGGACAUGUAUACAACGACUUCUGCCUCCCAUAGCUAAAUAACAAUACGGAACUGAAACAACGACACAAGCGCGCAGCGGCGAUCGAUCGCGUGCGCGCGCAUCUUGGCCAUCCAAGCUUCAGUACAUCGUCGAGCCUCCAUUCGAAUAUUAAAUUCGACAGAAAUGAAGCAAACUCGUGUUAAGUGACUGCCGAUUUAGGAAUUGUUAAUCGCAACUCAGGAGCAAUCCUCUAGGGAGCAAAUAAGCCAAGAUGUCGCCUCCUUUGCCGGUUCACCUGCGGUGGCGCCGCGAGGCCGAAGCCACCAGCGAGAAGCCUCCAGCCGCUGCUGCCAACGUCACAGCUUCAAACAUGACCACUGUGCCACCAGCAGCGUCUUCUGGGAGUCCCAUUGUCACAUCAGAGGGACCACCCACAUCAACUACCACUCAAGAAUCAAUAGUGGAGAAAACUGCUGAUUUAGCUCACAAGAUGAAUAUGGAGACAUGGCAAUUAGUUGCCAUUCUUGUGGGGGUAGCAGUUGUGGUGUUGGGAAUUUGCUUCUGUUGCAUUCGGCGAUGUUUCCGUAAACGACGAUCCAAGGAUGGCAAAAAAGGGAUGAAAGGUGUCGACUUCAAGUCCGUCCAGCUCUUAGGCUCAGCAUAUAAGGAAAAGGUUCAGCCGGAUAUGGAGGAGCUCACAGAGAAUGCUGAGGAACCAGACGACGGGGAGGAGAAAAAAGAGGAACAGAAGCUAGGAAAAAUCCAGUACAAGCUGGAAUACGAUUUUAAUAGCAACAGUCUAUCAGUUACGGUCAUCCAAGCUGAAGAUCUCCCGGCUUUAGACAUGGGCGGAACGUCGGAUCCUUAUGUCAAAGUAUACCUACUGCCAGAUAAGAAAAAGAAAUUUGAAACCAAAGUCCACCGAAAAACUCUUAGCCCUGUUUUCAACGAAACCUUUGUAUUUAAGAACGUGCCAUAUGCUGAUGCAAUGAACAAAACUCUAGUGUUCGCGAUAUUCGACUUCGACCGAUUCUCCAAGCACGACCAGAUCGGCGAAGUGAAGGUACCUCUGUGUCAGGUUGAUCUUGCACAGACAAUUGAAGAGUGGCGUGAACUCCAAAGCGUUGAAGGAGAGGGAGGCCAGGAUAACAAGCUUGGAGAUAUAUGUUUCUCUUUACGUUAUGUACCGACUGCUGGAAAGUUGACUGUCGUUAUUUUGGAGGCAAAGAAUCUUAAGAAAAUGGACGUUGGUGGCUUGUCAGAUCCGUACGUAAAGAUCGCACUCAUGCAAAAUGGAAAACGUCUCAAGAAGAAGAAAACGAGCAUCAAGAAAUGCACACUGAAUCCAUAUUACAACGAGUCAUUUACUUUUGAAGUACCAUUCGAACAAAUACAGAAGGUGAAUCUAGUGGUAACGGUGGUGGAUUACGAUCGCAUCGGCACGUCGGAGCCCAUCGGAAAGGUGGUGCUGGGGUACAACGCGUCAGGCACGGAACUGCGUCACUGGUCAGAUAUGUUGGCUAGUCCGCGGCGCCCGAUCGCGCAGUGGCAUACACUCAAAGAUCCCGAAGAUGGAGAGAAGAAGGAUUAAAAGCAGAACAAAGGAUGACAUCAAGCAUUCGAGGAUCGAGAACGAAGGGGAAAACGCCUUAUUCAACAAUCCAUUUAAGAAAACUUUUAAUUUCUGUCGAUUCAAGAAUAGAAGCUGAAGACUUAGAUUUAAGUACAACUGUUUAUCUAACUUUAAAGUAAUAUUUUUUCUUUGUAAAGCAAAUAUCCUAACAAUAGUUGAGUAAGCUUUCUUUAUUUUGUGUGCUUAACACAACAAGGAAAGCACUCAAUUGAUAGCUAAGCUAUCAUUAUUAUUAUUCAUUUGGUACACUUUAGAAAUAUUUUUCAGUUACUCUAGUUAUUGUUUAAGUAUUAUUUAUUACAUCGGUACUUUAUUCGAUAUCAAUUGUUUAUAAAAUUCUUAACAUUUUUUAUAUUUAGUUACUUAAGUUUGCUAUUUAUUAUCAAGUGAGAUGUCCUAAAUACAUUUUUUAAUUUAAUCUUUCAUCAUUGGUAAUGUGUACAAAAUACUUAUUUUUAGGGAAUAAGCCAUUCAUUUAGACCAUCUAAAAUAUUAUACUUACCUACAAUGAAUUGUUUCAUGAAUUAAUUAAAUAUAGUUUACCUAUGUACGAAAAGUACGCCGAAUAGGUAUUUAAAUCUCUACUAUUAUUAAUACUGUAUUGGAGCUAUGUAAAUAAGUUAAAUCCUGUUAAAUUUAUUACAUUCUAUUUUAAUAUCAAGUAAGUGUUAUUAACAUUUUAAGUAAAAAAUUAUAUUAGAGAUUCCUCUGAAGAAGGCCAGUUUUUAGGUUCGAUGUAGAUAUAAAAGCUUCCUGUUUGAGUUUGAACAGAACCUAGGGGAAUAUUUAGAUACUCACCUUCUUUAGAGGAAAAUUGGCCUAUCAAAAGGUUUUGUUUUAUGGCAUUCAUAAUCUUCAUCGUAAGGCUCGCAAAAUAUAAGGUCAAGUAUCUUAGAACAUUUGAAUUUGCUUUAAAGAAAUAGAAAAAAAAGCAAAUUACAGGUGUUAUCAGAACUACCUACUUUUGUUGAUAGGAAUUAAAGAAUUCGUAACUUUAUCUUUUUUUUAGAUUUAUGAGUUGCUCAUCAGUCGACAUGUUUUUCUCAUUUAAAUCGUAACUUAGCGUAGUAUAGCUCUAUAUUACC